AUGACGGCUGUACGAGCAUCGUCUGACCGCUCCGACAUCGAGCACGUUGCUCAAGAGAAGGACUCUGUUGCCCAUAAUGAGUUCCAACAAAACAGCGGCAUGAGCCCUGAGGAUGCAGACUUCCUCGCCAAUUUCCCGGAGGAAAGGAAGAAGAAGGCUGUCCGCAAAGUUGAUUUUCGACUAGUUCCAAUGCUUGUCCUCCUCUACCUUAUGGCCUAUUUGGACAAGACCAACAUUGGAAAUGCCAAGAUCGAAGGCCUCCUUGACAGUCUCCAUAUGACGGGAGUCGAUUACAACAUCGCGUUGUCCGUCUUCUUCAUCCCGUUUGUCUUGGCCGAAGUCCCCAGUAACAUGGUGCUGCACAUGUUCAAGAGACCAUCUCUCUACAUUGGCGGAAUCGUUACUUGCUGGGGUGUCGUUAUGACCUGCAAUGGAGUUGUCCAAAACUUUGGGGGCUUGGUUGCCGUGAGGAUUUUCCUUGGUCUGUUCGAAGCCGGUUUCCUCCCCGGUGCGAUCCUGAUCAUCUCCAAAUGGUACCUCCCCAACGAGACACAAACCCGCAUCGCUAUUCUCUACACCUCCGCCGCGUCUGGUGGAGCAUUUUCAGGUCUCCUGGCGUUUGCAAUUGCCAAGAUGGAUGGAGUGGGCGGAUACGAGGGCUGGAGAUGGGCUGUCCCAAAUUACGCACUGAAAUUUACAAUGCCUCAAAUUAUCAAGAACAUGGGCUUCACAUCUGCCAACGCUCAGCUGUUGACAAUCCCGCCGUAUGCUGUGGGUGCUAUAUCCGCGUACCUGUUUUCGGUUUUUGCGGACAAGUAUUCUUGGCGAAUGCCGUUCAUCCUCGGCCCGCAACUGCUCCUGGUUGUUGCAUUCACCAUUCUAUUCACUAAGAGCGAGGACAUUAAGAACAACAUUGCUGUAAACUACUUUGCCAUUUGCCUAGCGUGCUUCGGAAUGUACCCCAUUCUUCCAGGAGUCAACGCCUGGAACGUCGCCAACACCCCGAGUCCUACCAAGCGAGCAAUCAGCAUCGGCUUUCUCGUCUGUGUCGGCAACAUUGGUGGCCUCAUCGGUAGCUAUAUCUACAUGGACAAGGAGGCUCCGAGGUACCUGACCGGGUAUGGGACUUCAUUCGGAUUCGCGUCGGCAGGAAUAAUUGCGGUCAUCACGCUGGAGGCAUUAUUAUAUAGGAGGAACAAAAAGAAGAGGCUCAUGACUGAAGACGAAGUCAGACAAAGACAUUCCGACGAGGAACUUGAUCGCAUGGGAGAAAAGAGCCCGCUCUUCAAGUAUGCUCUGUGA